AAAAGCGUAGCUUCGUCGUGCUGUUCGGCUUCAAUCGAGAGAAAAGCGAAGCUUCGUCGUGCUGUUCGGCUUCAAUCGAGAGGACUUAAUUUCGGCGAGCUCCAAUUAGUGAAACGUAUCAUAGACCCCGGAAUAAUCAAGAAAACUACCGCUUACGGCCGCCUCUCCUCCCUCCACAUCGCCGCUGCAAAUGGGCACGACGAGAUGCUUUCAAUGCUUUUGGAGCAAUGGAAUCACCCCGAUGUUCUCAACCGGCACAAACAGAGUCCUCUUAUGCUGGCCGCAAUGUGUGGGAAGAUUGCUUGCGUGGAGAAACUCCUUCAGGCGGGAGCAAACAUCUUGAUGUUUGAUUCGGUGAAUGGAAGAACAUGCUUGCACUAUGCAGCCUACUAUGGUCAUUCUGAUUGUUUAGAAUUAGUUCUUGAGGCUGCCCACUCCAACCCGAUU